AUUGCAUUUAUUGACAUUCUGGUACUUAUUUCGGUAGAAUUGGAUUCCGGACGGCUAUUUCUAACCUAUUACUUUGCCAUUUCUUAACGACAUUUCGUAGAAUCCGCUUAUUAUCCUCUUCAAGAAUAACCGAACCAAAAUUUUUUCUGCAGUUGCUAUAAAAGUCUUCAGCCUAGUGACGUAACUACAUGGAAAGUUUCAUUGAUGCAAUAGCAAGUCCUUAUCAUUAAAAAAACAAAUGAAACAUGUAAAUAAGAACUAAGGAUCGCUGCAAAGUAUGAGGAAUACGUAACUCUGAUAUGGCUGCCAAGUCGUUUCUUGUAUUAUUUCGUGUGAAUUUUAUAUUAUACUAUUGUGGAGAUAAAUAGUGUUAAAUCUUUGUUUUUACUACAAGUGGCAUAAUCAAUAUUGGUUAUACAAAGAAGAGAAAUGAUCGCAUGAAUGCAGUAACAGUGACCUGCAUCUACUACAUCAUAGACUUCUCACAGAUUACUUAUCUGAAACUCAAUAAAACCUAUACCCUAAAAUGAGGGUUGUGGCAUUAGUCAGUGGUGGCAAGGAUUCUUGCUUCAAUAUGAUGCAGUGUAUAGCAGCUGGCCACAAGAUAGUAGCUUUGGCUAAUUUGUACCCUGUUGGAAAGGAUGAGCUGGACUCAUACAUGUUCCAAACUGUUGGCCAUCAAGGGGUGGAGUAUUUAGGUGAGGCGAUGGGUUUGCCGCUGUAUAGAGAACCAACAUUUGGUAAAUCGUUGCUGAGGGAGAAACAUUAUUUACCAACUGAAAAUGACGAAGUUGAAGAUCUCUACAGGCUCUUGGCCAAAGUGAAGGAAAAGGAAAACGUGGAUGCCGUCUCCUCUGGCGCAGUUCUCAGUGAUUAUCAAAGAAUCCGCGUGGAAAAUGUGUGCAACCGAUUAAAUCUUACCUCUCUAGCUUACUUAUGGCGGCGAGAUCAAGAAGAAUUAUUGAAGGAAAUGAUCGAAUGUUCCGUAAAUGCAGUACUGAUCAAAGUAGCAUCAUUGGGUCUGGAGCCGAGACAUUUGGGCAAAUCUAUCUCUGAAAUGCAAUCUCACCUCGCCAAAAUGAAAGAAAAAUAUGGUGUCAAUGUCUGUGGCGAAGGUGGAGAAUAUGAAACUUUUACUCUCGAUUGUCCAUUGUUCAUAAAAAGCAUUGUAAUAGACGAGUAUGAAAGUGUUGUGCACUCUAAUGAUGAAAUUACGCCUGUUGGAUAUUUGAAUUUUAAAAAGAUACAUUUACAAGAUAAAGACGGUGGAAUAGAGAAGUUAACGUUACAAGAGAGACUGAGGUCGGUUUCGGUAAAAGCACCAUAUGACUACAUGGCUGAGAUCGUAGGACCAGAACUGCAGGAUGGCUGCAAUUUGUCGGACGAGGAAAACGACGAGCAUGAAAGUGAUAGUAAAAGUUUAAGAACGUCAAAUUCUGGUCAGUUCAACCCACCUAGUCCUAUGGAAAUUGUCUACGAAGAAGAGGAUUAUCCAGACAUGGCAACGUCCAACAAGAAUCAGAACGGUUGGGCCUGGUUCGGAGGUAUCGUAGGGAAACAUCCUGUAGCGAAGCUUGCCAUGGAAGAAGCUCUAGACAAAUUAAGCAAUCUAGUCAAGAAGGAAAACCUCCAGAUAUCGGACAUCGUCGCGGUGACGCUGUACAUCAACGAUAUGUCAAACUAUUUAUCGAUAAACGAGGCAUACGUCUCAAAGCUCGGUAAAACGAAUCCGCCGGUUCGUGUUUGCAUUGCGUGUCCGCUAAACGUCCACGUCGUCCUCGAUGCCUUGGCUUAUAAGGAAAUCAGUAACGUUGGAGACAAGGAGGUCCAUAAAAGACACACGAUGCAUGUUCAGAGCAUAAGCCAUUGGGCCCCUGCCAAUAUUGGCCCGUAUUCUCAGGCAGUACGAGUGGGUGACAUUAUUUCGGUGGCUGGACAGAUCCCUUUGGUGCCUGGCAGUAUGACGAUCCUAGACCUAAAUAUAAAAAGGCAGUGCCGCCUAACGUUGAGGCACAUCAAUCGAAUCGUCAAGGCCAUGGACUCGAACACGCAACUAAGGGAUAUCGUGCAGGGCAUCUGUUUUCUGACACAUCCCAGUUAUAUAUCCGAAGCACGGAAGGAGUGGGAAAAGCGGACGAACAAUGCCAUCGUGGAUUAUGUCGUUGUACCGAGUCUGCCUCGAGGAGCCCAAGUCGAGUGGUGUGUUUGGGCUCACAGAGAUAACAAUAGAUUCGAAUAUGAAGAGACUGGAAGAUGUGUCGGUAACUACAAAGUCGCUAUCAGGCGAAGAUGGAAUUACGAGAAUACGGUCUCAGCGAUCGUUUGUUAUUUGUCCACGGGUUCAUCAAACUCCACUGGGAAUUUAGUAGCCGAGACAAGUCUGAGCUCCGCCGAGCUGACGGAGGCCGAGCUGACCGAGGUGUUCGAGUACUUGCUCUGUAAAUUAACGAAAGGUUCUCAAAGCGUAAAUCCGACCUGCAGUUUGCGAAUCUUUUACAAGGUCGGCAGCUCGCCGGGUCCGAGCUUCAUCCAAAGUGUCCUAAGUAACUUUUCGACGCGGAAUCUCGUAGUCACCAUAAUACCGACGACGCAUCUCCACAACUUCAACACCUUUCUGUCGGUGUGCGGUAUCAGGCACGAGUAAGGCGCGAGAUUAUUUUUAUACGUUGUCAAUUACACGUGGAAAUUGAAUAAGGGCGUGUGCACUUGAUAGUCCAGAGGAGCCAACUAUCGAAAUGGUUGUGUACAAAAUGCCUCGUGUCGCGAACACUUCUACACGACACGGCGAUGGAGAUAAAAGAGUCACUUACUUCCUAACCAAUUGAGCCUCGUCCGUUCAAACUUGAAAUACCACUAAAUAUCUAGUCCACCUGUCGUACGAGUAAAUUACACGUCAACACUCUUCCGGCUCGAAUUACUUUGCACGUCCAUCGGCUGUCCGUCUGACCAUUUCGCUGGCAUUAAGGGGAUGUGAAAGUGGCAUCUGAGGAGUCGAUAGUUCAUAAAACUUUUCUUCGAACUGAGUGUAUCAAAUCGUUGCAAACUCUACAGGGUGAAUAUAGAGGCUACAAGGAAGGUCCCGACACUCAUGAAAUUUCAUGAUCUUCGGGACCUUCCUUAUACUUUCCAUAUUUAUAUU